AUGCGAACAUCGAGAGUUUUGAAAUCGAAGAACAAGAAGAUGGUAACAACGUUAUCCCACUUGAUGGUCAGGUCAAUGACCGCAAGCCUAGAAAUGAGCAGGUGUCAUCGAUGGUCAUCGGCAAAGCAAAAGAAAGUGAAAGAUCAUAAAAAGAAAAGACGAGUGGUAGUGACAGAUGACGACGUUCGGCACGAGCAAACAGCAAUUACACUUGAUGACGGAGAGACAACUGAUCGACCACAAGUAACGAGCAAAGAUAUCGCGAUCCACACUGAUUCCCCACGCAAGUUUGACCGGCUGCAUAUAAACUUGAAUGCAGAAGAAACAGUUGAUCAGAGGCAAGUGAUAGUAGCAGCGGCGGAAGAUGAUAAUACACUUGGCGACUCCAUCACUCGAAAUCGUCGAGUCGUAGAAGAUGUUACUGGAAAACAAAAUCUGACAACUACGAACAUCAUCAACGAUAUCAAAAUGAACCUUGGUCCUAUUGUAGGAUACGCCGAAGAGCGUUUGUUGCCACUUUCGAAAGCAUGUGCUCCGCUGACCAACAUCAUCCCCGAUUUAUCGGUGUACGUUCAAAUGGCACUCGACGAAACCCCAGAAGAGCCACCUGACGGACUGACAAUCGACGAGAGUGCUGCAAUUCGGCUCUACACGAUCGAAUGGGAAGGACCGCACCGAAGUCUCUAUUCGAUACUCAAUUACACCCUCAAGACGGCAGAUCGCGAGGAUCUUCGACCCUAUUUCAAGUACCUGAAACUGUUCUUGACUGCCCUGGUCAAACUACCCUGCGUCCCACAGCUGACAAUCUGGCGAGGGGUAACCAAAGAUUUGAGCGCAGAUUUUCCACCCGGCACUCUGGUGACAUGGUGGGCAUUUUCAUCAUGCACAACUGCACUGACCGUGCUCGAGAACAACAUAUAUUUAGGCAAUAGGGGUGAGCGGACGCUCUUCUCCGUCGAAGCCAUUAACGGCCGAACAAUACAAGCUCAUUCGCAUUUCGUUACCGAAGAUGAAAUUCUUCUUCUGCCUGGUACUCACAUGGUGGUUCAAUCGCAAUUCACUCCGGCGCCCGAUCUCCACAUCAUCCAUUUGAAACAGAUAAUACCGGAAGAAAUGCUACUAGAGCCUCCAUUUGAAGGUGCAUAUCUUUAUCCAAAAAUCAAGAACGACAAACAACUAGAUGUAGCAGUAGCCAGCUUCGACGACAACGACGUUGUUAUGCUGCUUGGCAAAGGGGAUGGAACCUUUCAGACUCAAAUGACCUAUGCGGUUGGUAGCGACACAUUGUCUGUAACAUCAGGCGACUUCAACAAUGACAACAAACUGGAUCUGGCAGCAGCCAACUGGAACAAUAAUACGGUCAGUGUGCUGCUUGGCAAAGGCGAUGGAACCUUUCAGACUCAAAUGAACUAUACGGUUGGUAGCGGCCCAUUUUCUGUAAUAGCAGGUGAUUUCAACAAUGAUGACAAACUGGAUCUGGCAGCCGCCAACUCGAACGAUAAUACCCUCAGUGUGCUGCUUGGUAACGGGGAUGGAACCUUUCAGAUUCAAAUGAACUAUACGGUUGGUAGCGGCCCAUUGUCUGUAAUAGCAGGUGAUUUCAACAAUGAUAGCAAACUUGAUCUGGCAGCAGCUAACGUGAACGAUAAUACCCUCAGUGUGCUGCUUGGCAACGGGGAUGGAACCUUUCAGAUUCAAAUGAACUAUACGGUUGGUAGCGGCCCAUUUUCUGUAAUAGCAGGUGAUUUCAACAAUGAUAACAAACUGGAUCUGGCAGCCGCCAACUCGAACGAUAAUACCCUCAGUGUGCUGCUUGGCAACGGGGAUGGAACCUUUCAGAUUCAAAUGAACUAUACGGUUGGUAUCAGCCCAUCGUCUGUAAUAGCAGCUGAUUUCAACAAUGAUAACAAACUGGAUCUGACAGCGCCCAGCGUCCGCACUAAAGUCAGUGUGCUGCUUGGCAACGGGGAUGGAACCUUUCAGACUCAAAUGACAUAUCCGAUUGGUAGCUACUCAUAUUCUGUAAUAGCAGGUGAUUUCAACAAUGAUGACAAACUGGAUCUAGCAGCGGCCAACGGAGCCGACAACACCGUCAGUGUGCUGCUUGGCGAAGGUAAUGGAGCUUUUCUGCCCCAAUGGAUCUAUGCGGUUGGUAGGCGCCCAUCGUUUGUAACAUCAGGUGAUUUCAACAAUGAUAACAAACUGGAUCUGGCAACGGCCAACUAUGACGACAAUACCGUCAGUGUGCUGCUUGGCAAUGGGGAUGGAACCUUUCAGACUCAAAAUAACCAUACGGUUGGGAUCAGCCCAUCGUCUGUAAUAGCAGCUGAUUUCAACAAUGAUAACAAACUGGAUCUGGCAACGGCCAACUAUGACGACAAUACCGUCAGCGUGCUGCUUGGCAAAGGCGAUGGAACCUUUCAGACUCAAAAUAACUAUACAGUUGGGAUCAGCCCAUCGUCCGUAAUGUCAGAUGAUUUCAACAAUGAUAACAAACUGGAUCUGGCAACGGCCAACUCUGACGACAAUACCGUCAGUGUGCUGCUUGGCAAAGGCGAUGGAACCUUUCAGACUCAAAAUAACUAUACGGUUGGGAUCAGCCCAUCGUCUGUAAUAGCAGGUGAUUUCAACAAUGAUAGCAAACUGGAUCUGGCAGCCGCCAACUCGAACGAUAAUACCCUCAGUGUGCUGCUUGGCAAAGGCGAUGGAACCUUUCGGACUCACAUGAACUAUACGGUUGGUAUCAGCCCAUCGUCUGUAAUAGCAGGUGAUUUCAACAAUGAUAACAAACUGGAUCUGGCAGCCGCCAACUCGAACGAUAAUACCCUCAGUGUGCUGCUUGGCAAAGGCGAUGGAACCUUUCAGAAUCAAAAGAACUAUACGGUUGGUAGGAAUCCACAAUCUGUAAUAGCAGCGGAUUUCAACAAUGAUAACAAACUGGAUCUGGCAGCAGCGAACUCGAACGAUAAUACUGUCAGUCUGCUGCUUGGCAAAGGCGAUGGAACCUUUCAGCCUCAAAAUAGCUAUACGGUUGGGAUCCGUCCAUCGUGUGUAAUAUCAGGUGAUUUCAACAAUGAUAACAAACUGGAUCUGGCGGUGGUCAACGUAGAUGACUUGUCUGUUUUACUCAACGUCUGCAGGUAAUUAACUAUUUAACGUGAGACUAUGUAGACUACUUAUCCAUCUACAAUUCUCGACAAGUCCCAGAUUUCGAUCUCGUAUCAAUCGGCGUUUUUCCACAGGAAAUUCAUGUUUUCCCCUGAAGAAAUAUUUGUUUCUUCACAAGAACUGCAUGUUUUCUGCUGAAACAAUCAAUGUUUCUCAAACACAACAGCAUGAUUUUUCCACAAGAAAUCGACGUUUCUCCACAAGAACGUACUGUUUUUUUCUCAAGGAAUCGGAGUUGCCCAUCAUUUUUCUCCGACACAGUAGAGGUUUGCCCAUUGGUCUAACAAUCCUGGUUACGCUGCUGGUAAUCAUCCAAAUGUAUGUCAAUAAGAAGCGUAGAGAGAGACAAUUUUCCAUUGGAGGUAUAUUGUUAAACAUAUCUGUGAUGUCCAAACUAGCUAUUUUUUCCUUCAAAUCUAAUUUUACUUUCGAUGUUGUUUCAGUGAAAUUAACUGUAAAAUUUGAAAAAUGAUAUACUAUUUCGCUCUUGUGGAUAAAAUUC